CCGCCGUUGUAUUGUGGGAUCGCGGCGCCGCGGCGGAGUCGCUCGCCCCCGCCGGGUGCUCCUUCGCUAGCGCCUCCUGCCGUCGCGCCGCCGGGCCCGCCGCGUCCCGGCGCCCCGCUCCCUCCGGCCCGGCCCCGCGCCGCCUCCUCCUCCAUCCUCUGGUUCAAAAUGGCGGCGGCGGCGACAGCAGCGGCGGCGGCGGCGAUGGCGGCCCCGGGCUGCCCGGGCGCGUGCCCCAACUUCGCCGUCGUCUGCUCCUUCCUGGAGCGCUACGGGCCGCUGCUCGACCUGCCCGAGCUGCCGUUCCCCGAGCUGGAGCGGGUGCUGCAGGCGCCGCCGCCCGACGCCGGCCCCGGAGAAGUACCAAAAGAAUUGGUAGAGCUCCAUUUGAAGUUGAUGAGGAAGAUUGGCAAAUCUGUUACAGCAGACAGAUGGGAAAAAUAUUUGAUCAAGAUAUGUCAAGAAUUCAAUAGCACCUGGGCGUGGGAAAUGGAGAAGAAAGGCUACCUUGAGAUGAGUGUCGAAUGCAAACUAGCACUCUUAAAGUAUCUCUGUGAGUGCCAAUUUGAUGACAAUCUCAAGUUCAAGAAUAUUAUCAAUGAGGAGGAUGCUGAUACCAUGCGACUCCAGCCAAUUGGCCGAGACAGAGAUGGCCUUAUGUAUUGGUAUCAGUUGGAUCAAGAUCAUAAUGUCAGAAUGUACAUAGAAGAACAAGAUGAUCAAGAUGGCUCGUCAUGGAAAUGCAUUGUCAGAAAUCGAAAUGAGUUGGCUGAGACGCUUGCGCUUCUGAAGGCACAGAUAGAGCCUGUACUGCUGAAACAGUCCUCUGGCCAACAGGAUGCCUCUCCUCGGGACAGUUCUAGCAUAGAGGAUGAGGAGAACAGGAAGGAGGAAGAAACACCGAAACAAGAGGAGCAGAAGGACAAAGAAAAAAUGAAAAGUGAAUGUCAGUCGGUAGAUUCCCAAAACCGUUCUAAACCCUGUGGUGCAUUAGAAGAAGCUACAGUAAAAAUAGAGAAAGAUGAUGAAAAGGAACUUGUAAAGCUGCCAGUCAUUGUGAAGCUAGAAAAACCUUUGACAGAAAAUGAGGGAAAGAAGAUUAUCAAGGAAGAAAGUGACUCCUUCAAGGAAAAUGUCAAACCCAUGAAAGUAGAAGUGAAGGAAUGUAAAGCAGACCCUAAAGAGACUAAAAGCAGCUUGGAGAAGGUAGAGCCUGAGAAACUGGAGUUUGCUGGCAAUGCUAAAUCUUCUCAGGAGAUCAUUGAGAAGUCUACAGAGGAAACCGAGAAACUUAAAAAUGACCAGCAAGCUAAGAUACCACUAAAAAAAAGAGAAAUUAAGUUGAGUGAUGAUUUUGACAGUCCUGUCAAAGGCCCUUUGUGUAAAUCAGUUACUCCAACAAAAGAGUUCUUAAAAGAUGAAAUAAAACAAGAGGAAGAGACUUGUAAAAGAAACUCUUCGGUCACUUCUUUGAGUCAUGAAGGCAAACAGCUUGUGAAUGGGGAAGUUAGUGAUGAAAGAGUAAGUCCAAAUUUUAAGACAGAACAAAUGGAGACCAAGUUCUGUGAUACAAAGGAAGAUCAUUAUCACCCCUCUAAGGAGAGAAGUGUGAUAAUGGAAGGAAAUGGAGUGUUGUCCUUACAUUCAGUCAUAAUGAGCGUGAAGACAGGUGAUCUUGAGGAUGAAGUUCUUCCUAAAGGGAAAGAUGCCGAUCAUUUGUCAACUGUCUUGGAGACCCAGGGACAGAUCCGGCCGACAGAGGAGUCUUGUACUCCAGAAAUGGACACCUUUCUUGAGACUCCUGAGAGGGCAAAAGACCUUUCUUUGAAAAGUGCUUUAUCUGCUGCUGACUCUUGUCCUAUGAAACUUGAAGAGAAGUCUCCCAGAAGUAAGAAGGAUAAGCGUCCUCCCAUCAUUGAAUGUCUUGAAAAGCCAGAUAAGUCUAAAAAGGCCUUUCUUGAUAAAGACACACAGAGAUUGAGUCCAAUCCCUGAGGAGGUUUCAAAGAAUGCACUAGAACCCCCAAAACCAUGCUCUCCUAGAGCAUCUGCAUCAGCUGCCGCCUCAGACAAGAGUGGACACUGUGAACUAUCAGUCCCUGAAAAAGAGGUGAAUGAGUGGCAGAGCACAGGCUCCAUGGAAGGCCAACCCCAGGUAAAAGAAGCCCCAGAAGUUCUCAACCAGGAAUCCACAAAGAUGGAGAUGAAUAAUUCUCAGACAACCAAUUCUGAGGAGCCUUCUGAGACAAAGAGUUCUAUGCAAAAAAGCAAAUUUAAAUAUAAGUUGAUUCCAGAAGAAGAAACCACUGUCUCAGAAAGCACAGAGAUAACCUCAGAAAGGCAAAAAGAGGGCAUCAAAUUAACAAUUAGGAUAUCCAGUCGAAAGAAGAAGCCAGAGUCUCCACCCAAAAUUCUAGAAUCAGAAACCAAACAAGAGAAAACUGAAAAGGAAGAGGAGAAAGCAAAUGUGGGUCGUACCUUAAGGAGAUCUCCAAGAAUAUCUCGACCCACAGCCAAAGUGGCAGAGAUCAGAGAUCAGAAAGCUGAUAAAAAAAGAGCAGAAGGAGAAGACGAAGUGGAAGAAGGAUCAGCAUCUUUGCCAAAAGCAGACAAAAAAGAAAAUUGGAAAAAAAUGGAGAAGGAUACAAAUCCUAAAGUAAGCAAGGUAAAACCCAAAGGCAAAGUUCGAUGGACUGGUUCUCGAACCCGAGGGAGGUGGAAAUAUUCCAGCAAUGAUGAAAGUGAAGGAUCUGACAGUGAGAAAUCAUCGAUGGCUUCGGAAGAGGAAGAAGGAAAGGAAAGUGAAGAAGCUGUUCUAGCAGAUGAUGAUGAACCGUGCAAAAAAUGUGGCCUUCCAAACCAUCCUGAACUGAUUCUUCUGUGUGACUCCUGUGACAGUGGCUAUCAUACCGCCUGCCUUCGCCCUCCUCUGAUGAUCAUUCCUGAUGGAGAAUGGUUCUGCCCCCCUUGCCAACAUAAACUGUUAUGUGAGAAAUUGGAAGAACAGUUGCAGGAUUUAGAUGUUGCCUUAAAGAAGAAGGAACGUGCUGAACGCAGGAAAGAACGGUUGGUGUAUGUGGGUAUCAGUAUUGAGAACAUCAUUCCUCCACAAGAGCCAGAUUUUACUGAAGAUCAUGAGGAAAAGAAAAAAGAUACUAAGAAAUCCAAAGUAAACUUGCUUGAAAGAAGGUCAACACGAACACGGAAAUGUAUAAGUUAUAGGUUUGAUGAGUUCGAUGAAGCAAUUGAUGAAGCCAUAGAAGAUGAUAUCAAAGAAGCUGAUGGAGGAGGGGUUGGCCGAGGAAAAGACAUCUCCACCAUCACUGGCCACCGUGGGAAAGACAUCUCUACCAUUCUGGAUGAGGAAAGGAAAGAGAACAAACGGCCGCAGAGGGCAGCUGCUGCUCGUAGGAAGAAGCGCCGGCGGCUGAAUGAUCUGGACAGUGACAGCAACCUGGAUGAAGAGGAGAGUGAGGAUGAGUUCAAGAUCAGUGAUGGGUCUCAGGAUGAGUUUGUGGUGUCUGAUGAGAACCCAGAGGAGAGCGAAGAGGACCCUCCAUCAAAUGAGGACAGCGACACUGACUUCUGUGGCCGAAGGCUGAGGCGACAUCCCUCCCGGCCGAUGAGGCAGAGUAGGCGCUUGAGGAGAAAGACUCCAAAGAAAAAGUACUCUGACGAUGAUGAAGAGGAGUCCGAGGAGAACAGUAGAGAUUCUGAAAGUGAUUUUAGUGAUGAUUUUAGCGAUGAUUUUGUAGAAACUCGGCGCAGGCGAUCAAGGAGGAAUCAGAAAAGGCAAAUCAACUAUAAAGAAGAUUCAGAAAGUGACGGUUCCCAGAAGAGUUUUCGACGUGGUAAAGAAAUCAGGCGCAUUCACAAGCGUAGGCUGUCCAGUUCAGAGAGUGAAGAGAGCUAUUUGUCCAAGAACUCUGAAGAUGAUGAGCUAGUUAAAGAAUCAAAGCAGUCAGCUCGGAAGCGGGUUCGAAGCCCAGAUGAAUAUUCAGAAGCAGAGGAGGAGAGCAAACCAUCCCGAAAACGGCUCCACCGGAUCGAGACAGAUGAGGAGGACAGUGGCAGCAGUGCUCAUGGGGACAGCCAGCCCAGUGCCCCAUCCUUGGAUCAGGAGAGCACCAAGAAACCCUACCGGAUAGACAGUGAGGAGGAGGAGGAGGAGGAGGACUUUGACAAUGUAGGCAAAGUGGGGAGCCCAUUGGACUAUAGCUUAGUGGACUUACCUUCCACCAAUGGACAGAGCCCCAGCAAAGCCAUAGAGAACUUGAUGGGAAAGCCAGCAGAGAAGCCCCAGACUCCUAAGGACAGCAGUACAGCCAGUGCCAGCCUGGCUCCCAAUGGGACAAGCGGUGGGCCGGAGUCAGGGGCCCCGGAGGAGGAGGAAGACGAACUCCUGAGAGUGACUGACCUUGUUGAUUAUGUCUGUAACAGUGAACAGUUAUAAGACUUCCUUUCCAUUUUUUGUGCUAAUUUAUUCCAUAAUAGCUCUCACACCAGCGGGCCAGUUAUUAAAAGCUGUUUUACUUUUCCUAGUAAACUCCACUACAGAAUGACUUUUUAGAAGAAUUAUUUCAACAAACCCUGAAGUCUUUCUGUGAAGUGACCAGUUUUGAACUUUGAAGAUAAUUACUGUAAAUUCCUUUUGAUUUUCUUUUUCCAAGUUCAUGGUCCUUGGCAAUUUCAUUCAUAGGGGGGAAAAUCUUAUUAUAAUAAUAACAAAGAUUUGUAUAUUUUUGACUUUAUAUUUCCUGAGCUCUCCUGAUUUUGUGAAAAAGGGUGGAUAAGAAUGCAUUCCGAAUCUGUGAGGGCCCAAAACAGAAUUAGGGGUGGGAUAAAGCACUUGUGCUUUAGCUUUUUCAUAUUAAAUAUAUAUUAUAUUUAAGCAUUCGUGGCAUAAAUGAUGAUUGACAGACUGUUUAAAAGUUCAGGUCUGUAUUGUUACAACUUGAGAAUUCUAGAUAACAUCAUAAAUAAGUCAUUUAGUAACAGCAUUCAUGAAAUCAACUUGUUUACUAUUGGAGAUAACCACACUUAAUAAAAAAGAGACUGAGAAAGAACUGUCCUAAAAAAACUCUAAUCUAAGUUUCUGUUAUAGCAAAUAUAUAUGUUUUUUUAAUCAUCUGAAAAGCAUUUGUUUAGUAAUAUGUAUAAUGAAGCUUUGACAACCAUUUGUGCUAGCAACAGAUUUUGGAGUUUUUUUGUUGUUGUUGUUGUUUUGUUUUUUUCUUUUCUUUCUUUUUUUUUUUCAAAAACAGCUUUAUAACAGAGUUGGUGAGGUGGCCUGUAAUAAGACUAUCAUGGACUGAGACAUGAGUGACCUUUAUUAAGGCCCAGGGGAACUGUAAACAGUAGAUAAAUAGAACUCUUAUCUCAUGGCCACAUAAUUUUUAAAUACCUAAAAUAACCUUUUGAAAGAAAUGCAUCUAUACAUACCAUGAAGAGAUGCUAAGCUGACAAUGAUAUUUUAGCACAUUUGAUGAGGGGGGGAAGGAUUUCAGGUGAAUUUUAACUGGUCUAUUCUUGCCUUUAGUAUCUACUUCAAAUUGAAGUCUACAAAGCAAGCAGUUCCUUUGGGAGGUUUUUAGUUUGAGUCUUAGCAUGUAUGUGUGUGUAUUUGUGUGUAUAAAUGUGUGUGUUGGAAUUUCUAUCUGCCUGAAUAUAUUAGCAGGGUUUGAUUAUUUUGGUCUUCAGCCAUUACCUGACUUCUGUCCAAAUGAGAUGAAUGAGAUCCAUCAGUAUAUUGAACAGGCAUGACAUCCAUUUCAAACAUCUCAAUACCGUAGAGAAAAAUAAUCCCUUUAUUUCACCAAGAAAGGGGUUUGUAACUAACAAUCUAUUAUUGACACUAAAAUAUGAAUUUUGUCUUUUGUUUCUGUUACAGCUGUAAAAUUUCAGGCAGAGCCAUAACUUAUGUACAAGGUGUAGCACUUGUUAUUAAACCUUGCCUGUCAUAAUUCUGAGACCUUCAGCCUUUAUGUUGUUUCUGUGAAUCCCUGUGCCCUGGGUUUUGGGUUUCUCAGUUCCCUUCUGUGUCUAUUGCCGGCAACAGACAUGUAAUAUCUGCUGCUGGCCCAAGGAACUUCAUUGAUUUUUUUUUAAUCCAAUUAAGCAUUAUAUGUUCAGGUCAGUGUAUGGUAAAGCACUUCUGUUUUUUUCAUUCUUAAAAGUUGGUGUUAGAUUUGCAUUAUAAAACUUUUGGAAAUUUUAUACCCUUUUCCUUCUUUAACAGGUGUUGCCCUAAAAUCUUUUUGUCUUGAAAUUUUAUAGCUGUUGUUUUUUCAGUUGUUGUUGUUUGUUUUGUUUCACUUUAUUUCUGUAGUACCUGCCCAUUGAUAUUUUUGCUUUGAUUUUAGCAAUUUGUGUAUUUGUAUAAAAAUAAAAUAAUGAAAGCAGCCUUAAA